UUAAUCCAAUCACUCCUCUCUCACUCCGGCAUGCCUUAUCCUCUACCACCCGGUCUCUCUCGCUCAUUUUCUUACUCACUCCAUCCCUGCCUGUGCAGCAACCGGACCCCCAUCCCCAAGCGUCAGUGAAACUGCUGCAAGACCCUGUGACAAUGGCUGCUACCGGAACGUUCCGUAUGGUGUCGGAGGAGGAGCAGGCCAUGAGGUCCAAGCUGGAGCAUCUGACUGUGAAGGACCACGGGCCUGUGUUUGGACCCUGUCCCAAACUGCCUGUACACACAAUACAGAAGGCGAAGGAUGAACUCAAUGAGACGGAGGAAAGUCGAGUGUCAUCUCUGAAGGAGCUUAGGGCCAUGAUGAAAGAAAAGGCGGGAGAUGGGGAUGACCUGGCUAAGACGGUGCAGGAGCGCUUCGGGGACAAACCCGACUCCCUGCUGCUCCGCUUCAUCAGAGCCCGCAAGUUUGACGUUGCCAGAGCCCACGAGCUCCUGAAGGGUUAUGUGCGCUUUAGGAGGGACUACCCUGAGCUGUUUGAGAACCUAACCCCCGAGGCAGUCCGCAGCACCAUUGAGGCAGGCUACCCUGUGGUCCUGCCCAGCAGGGACAAGUACGGCCGUGUAGUGCUCCUCUUCAACAUCGAGAACUGGGACCUGGAGGAGGUCACCUUCGAUGAGACCCUGCGAGCAUACUGUGUGAUCCUGGAGAAGUUGUUGGAGAAUGAGGAGACCCAGAUCAAUGGUUUUGUACUGAUUGAGAACUUUAAGGGCUUCACCAUGCAGCACGCCUCUGGCAUCAAACCCACUGAGCUCAAGAAGAUGGUGGACAUGAUGCAGGACUCGUUCCCGGCCCGUUUCAAGGCAAUCCAUGUGACCCACCAGCCCUGGUACUUCACCACCACUUACAACGUGGUCAAACCAUUCAUGAAGAGCAAGCUGCUGGAGAGGGUCUUUGUUCACGGUGAUGAGUUGGAUGGCUACCUGAAUGAUUUUGACGCUGACAUCCUGCCUGCAGACUUCGACGGGAAAGCUCCCCUCACUGACUGCAAGGCCAUCGCUACUAAACUGUUUGGGUCCGAGGACACAGCGCUCUAACACCUUACUGUCACAUUAUGAAGCAAGGCUGGAUCAGUGAGGCAGAUCAGAGAGGCAGAAUAGGUGGGGUUGACAUUUCUACCAUGUUGCCUACAAGGGUAUUCAGUUCAAUCAGCUCUUCAAGUGGGCAUCAAGAUGAGUGUGUUGGGUUUAGUGGUUGAUUUGCGACUGGGCAAUAGGAACACAAGCGAGAAAGAAUAGGAAGGUUGAAUAGAGGACAUGGACAGUAAAGUACAUCAUAUGAAUUGUUUUUUACGGCACAGAAAAGUGUAGCUCCUCCAUAUACAGAAGUUAACUUUUGAAUAUGCACAGGGAACAAGACGGUCCCUACUGUAUGUAAGAGCACAGAGAAUGGCAUUUGGUGAUGAGAUGACCCAACAGCUUAUUACUGUAGUCUGAGGUGAAUUUGGUGUUCUUUGCCUUAAAGGUUACUUUCACUGUGACUUUACUAGAGGAGCCUAUUGCCUAGCCUGAGAUUGCUAAAAAAAUAAAACAUAUUAGAUAUGUAUAGAAUUUAGUAAUACAAGAAUGAUAAAAUAAUAUAUUUCAGUUAAGCUAGUUGGCUAUUAAGAAUAUAAUAGAUGGUCUAUGAACAAAUCAUAUGCAAAUAUGUACAUUCCUUAACAUAGUGCCAUUGCUUAACUCCCCUGUUCACAUUACAUUUUGUGUAUACCGAAGUGUCUAUAUACUAUGGGAACUCCUAUGGUGUGCUUAGCUAGGAUUGCAGAGAGAGUAUAGUAGACGGUUGAUGUCAAAAAGUGAUUGAUUUUCCUGUGUCAGAGUGUUUGACCUUUUAAGGACAUCCUGUCCGGAUGUUCUCAUGUUGUUUAGUGUGUGCUUAUGUAACUUGAUACUGCAGCUGUCUCUUUGAAGUAAAGCACGUUUGAAAUAAAAAGUAAUGGGCUGGUGA